AUGGAUGGUGACGAAAAGUUUCCACUCAGGUCUCAUCAAAACGAAGAAUUAUACUUGCAAACUUUUCCCGAGUCUGAUAGACAACGUAUGCGAGAGUACUUGGCCGCUGCUAGAAAACUAGCAGAUUUAGUUAACGAUUCCAGCGGCGAACCAUUCUAUAUACAGUCUUGUCGCAUAUUCGGGGCAAAAAAAACUCGCCAGUCCCUCUUUAAAGCCGUAAUCAGCCCUACGUUUGAAGCGCGAACUUUUGGCGAACUUAUUGAUGAAGUUCGGAUAGCUGCGGAUAAAUUAAAUAGGCUUGAUAUAUUUAAAUAUGUCGACGUGCUCUUAGAUACCUGCGAAGAUGGUUUUGCACCACCGGAAGCGCUUGACAUGGUCAUCGCAGUCGAGGAAAAACCAAGGUACUGGAUUCGGACAGGAACCGAAAUUGGAAAUGAUGCUGGAAGUGCGAAUAUUUCACUUAAUAUUAGAAAUGUCUUCGGAGGUGCAGAAACUCUGGAAGCAUUCAUGUCUGCAAAUACGCAAACUUCACACGUGUUUGAGUUUUGCUUAGCUAAACCAAUAAACGGCAAUCCAGACUACAAGAUUGAUGCGUCAGCUUUUAGUUUGACGAAAAAUAAUCAGAUUUACAGUUCACACGAUGAGAUAUUACGAGGAGCCGCGCUGCGAUGGCGAGGUCGAUCUCGCCUUGGACUUCAUGAACUAAGUUACGGCAUUACUUGGAGACAGGUAUCCAAUAUUGCGCAGAAUGCUACGUUAAGUAUCCGGGAAUCAGCUGGACAUUCACUCAAAUCAUCAAUAACGAAUACAUUUACCCGUGACGCGCGAGAUGACGUCAUGCUCCCAUCCAAGGGAUAUUACUUGAAACUUGCACAGGAAUUCGCCGGCAUCGGAGGAGAUGUGGACUUCUUCAAACAUGAGCUGGAAAGCCAAGUAAAUUUCCAUUUGGGCAAAGGAUUCAUUCUAAGUGCAUCAUUAAGGAACGGAUUACUAUAUCCAUUGGAUGGCCAAAGGUCAAAAAUAAGUGAUAGGUUCUUCCUCGGCGGAGCACAGUCGAUAAGAGGGUUUAAACUAAACGGAAUAGGACCUAGAGAGGAUAAAAAGGACUCGUUGGGUGGCGAUCUGUACGUGGCAGGAGGAGCAAGCCUCUUCACGCCUCUGCCAAGACUCGGUAAUUAUCCUGUAAAAGGCCAUUUUUUUGUUAAUGGCGGAAACUUGUUACAGCUCAAUCAACGUGCCCGAUUGCGAAGUAACAUCAACCAGCUUACGAAGACACCCAGUAUAUCUGCCGGAGUUGGCAUUGUAUAUCGCAGCAGCAUUGUUAGAUUAGAGGUCAAUUUCUGUUUACCGCUCGUCACUACUGCCACUGACAAGGUUAAGAAGGGGCUUCAACUGGGUUUGGGAAUCAACUUUUGGUAG